AUGCCCCCCGCCGCGCCCGGCCCCGAGCGCAGCCGGCAGCGGCGGCCCGGCCCGGCCGGCCCCGGGUCCGAGCCGCCGGGCUGGGCGCCGGGCGAGGCGGCGCGCGCGGGCGGCUGCCGCGCCGAGCUGGGCAGCGUGCUGCUGCUGCUGGCGCUGUACGUGUUGCAGGGCAUCCCGCUGGGGCUGGCGGGCAGCGUGCCGCUCAUCCUGCAGGGCCGCGGCGUCAGCUACACCGACCAGGCCUUCUUCAGCCUCGUCUUCUGGCCCUUCAGCCUCAAGCUGCUCUGGGCGCCGCUCGUGGACGCCGUGUACGUGCGCGGCUUCGGCCGCCGCAAGUCGUGGCUCGUGCCUACGCAGUACGUGCUGGGGCUCUUCAUGCUCUACCUGUCCACGCAGGUGGACCGCCUGCUGGGCGCGGGCGGCGGCGCGCCCGAUGUGCCCGCGCUCACCGCCACCUUCUUCCUCUUCGAGUUCCUGGCCGCCACGCAGGACAUCGCCGUGGACGGCUGGGCGCUGACCAUGCUGUCGCGCGAGAACGUGGGCUACGCGUCCACCUGCAACUCUGUGGGCCAGACGGCCGGCUACUUCCUGGGCAACGUGCUCUUCCUGGCGCUCGAGUCGCCCGACUUCUGCAACAAGUACCUGCGCUUCCAGCCGCAGCCGCGGGGCCUCGUGACCCUCUCAGAUUUCCUUUUCUUCUGGGGAACUGUGUUUUUAAUAACAACGACACUAGUUGCCCUUCUGAAGAAAGAGAACAAAGAAGUAUUAGUAGGAAAAGAAGAGACACAGGGCAUCACAGACACUUACAAGCUGCUCUUUGCAAUCAUAAAAAUGCCAGCAGUUCUGACGUUCUGUCUCCUGAUUCUGACGGCGAAGAUCGGCUUCUCCGCUGCAGACGCAGUGACAGGCCUGAAGCUCGUGGAGGAGGGCGUCCCCAAGGAGCACUUGGCCCUGCUGGCCGUGCCCAUGGUGCCUCUGCAGAUCAUCCUGCCCCUGAUCAUCAGCAAGUACACGGCCGGCCCCCAGCCCCUGAACAUCUUCUACAAAGCCAUGCCCUACAGGUUGCUGCUUGGGUUGGAGUACGCUCUGCUGGUCUGGUGGACCCCGAAAGUAGCGCACCAAGGGGGCUUCCCUGUCUACUACUACGUCGUGGUGGUGCUGAGCUACGCCCUGCACCAGGUCACGCUCUACAGCAUGUACGUGUCCAUCAUGGCCUUCAAUGCCAAGGUCAGCGACCCACUCAUCGGGGGCACGUACAUGACUCUCCUCAACACUGUAUCCAACCUGGGCGGGAACUGGCCGUCCACGGUCGCUCUGUGGCUGGUGGACCCCCUCACGGUGAAGGAGUGUGCGGGCGCCUCCACCCAGAACUGCCGGACGCCAGAGGCGGCAGAGUUUUGCAAGAAACUUGGUGGUACUUGCGUGACGGCCCUGGAUGGCUACUAUGUGGAGUCCAUUAUUUGUGUUUUGAUUGGAUUUGCUUGGUGGUUCUUUCUGGGGCCCAAAUUUAAAAAGUUACAGGAUGAGGGACCAUCUUCAUGGAAGUGCAGAAGGAGCAAUUAGUUCUUUCACUACUGGACAUUCUAGAAAGGUAACUGUAGCUUCACCUUAAUUCAGAGAGCUAUGAUAAUCAGCACAUAGGAGCAUAAAACACUCAAGCAAGGAAACGGUUUCUAUGAAACGCCCAGUGGUUGCAAUAGACCCUCUGCAUCCCUUGCCACCACCUCCUGGUCCCUCUACUCUGAGCUCACUAGGGCCGGACAGCUGCUUCACAGCCAGGCAUUCCUCUGGGGCCUUGCCCUCCCAGUGGCUGGCCCGGCCUUCCAUUCCCCCGGGGACUCGCACCUCCAGGCCUCAGCAUGGUGGUGCGUGGUGAGUUUUAGUGGGUUCUGAGACCAGGGAGGUUGCUGCAGCUGGCCUGCGCCCACCCGUCAGAGCUGGAUGUCCACGGAGCAGCGGCACGGUCUGCCUGACCUUUGGGCAGCGGCAGUUUAUUCUUUCCAGUUGCAAAGAAUUUGUGGGGAAGAGGCUGGAAACCACUGGAAUGCCAUACCGGGUGUUAUUUUUCUGACAUGGCCACAUUGCCCUUUUGAAUCUGUGUUAAAAAUACUAUUUUAAAUGUAUUCCUGCUUUUUUUAAGCAUUGAAGAUUUAUAAGAAGAUAAUUUAAACUAUUUUUUAUAAAAUGAAGCUAUGAUUUUAAGUUAAAUAUUGAGGCCCUGCCCCCUGCUUCUCCGAAGGUGUGAGUCCUUGUGAGUCCCCACAGCCCACUCGUGUUCACGGUGUGCCAGGCACACCCUCUCGAGGCGGCGGGGAAAUAAAGACCUGUUUUCUUCAUGUACUGUUUCUUUUUAUACUCCUGAGAUGAAACCACCUCAGCGCUUCCCAGUCUCAGGUGCCGCGAUCCAAGUGCAAAUUAUGAUUUAAAACCAGCUUCACGGAGAAGGCCGUGCCUUCAGGGGGUGCCGGGCGGAGGGGGUUCCCCCGUGUAGCACUUUACGGGUGAGAAGGCUGCUCCUCUGUGCCAAGUCCCCCUUACCAGACGGCUGCGGACCAGCUGCCGCACCCCUGCCAGCUGCGCGUCAGCGGAAACCCUCGGGGAGUGGGGCAGGGCCCAUCUCCCCGACCCUCUGGGAGUGGGGCAGGGCCGGUCUCCCCGGACCCUCCCGGAGUGGGGCAGGGCCCGUCUCCCCAGACUCUAUGGGAGUGGGGCAGGGCCCGUCUCCCCGGUCCCUCCGGGAGUGGGUAGGGGCCUGUCUCCCCAAAGGCUGCUGGAGUCGUGCCUCCGCGCGUCCCCCGGGCCACUGCCCUGACCCGCACCUGUAACUCCCCGCAGCCGCAGGGCCCCAGCACGCGUGGCCGCUGUCCCGGGAGUCGGAUGUUGACUUGAAUAAAGAGAAAACUCACUUCGU